UAGCCUUCACGCCCGCGCUCGCAAGCAAGAAUCCGUUGAUUAUUUUAACUCUUCUCACCCCCGACGUGUAACCCAUUAAUUUAUUUUACCCAAUCAUCUUCAAAGACUGAAUCUUUUUGAAGAAGAAGAAGAAGGGAAAGAAAAAAACCCAAUCUUGAAUCUCAUUUCGUAGUAAUACGGAGUAUUUCUCGAUUCCCGAGCAUGCUGGAGCGGGGGAGGAUAAACAAUGCAUCAGAAUAUGAAGAAGAAAGCAGGGAGUACUAAUAGCAGUGAAACCACAAAACCCAAAGAGAGACACAUUGUUUCUUGGUCUCAGGAGGAAGAUGAUAUACUGAGAGAGCAGAUUAGAGUCCAUGGAACUGACAAUUGGACUAUCAUUGCAUCAAAGUUUAAGGAUAAAACUACCAGGCAAUGCAGAAGAAGAUGGUUUACUUAUUUGAACUCCGAUUUCAAAAGGGGGGGAUGGUCUCCUGAAGAAGAUAUGCUCUUAUGCGAGGCACAGAGGAUAUUUGGCAACAGAUGGACAGAAAUCGCGAAGGUGGUUUCAGGCAGAACUGAUAAUGCUGUGAAGAAUCGGUUCACGACCCUCUGCAAAAAGAGAGCGAAGAACGAGGCAUUAGCAAAAGAAAACAGUAAUUCAUCCAUUAAUAGGAGGGUUAUCUUUCCAAGUUGGCUCAACAGUAGUGAUAGCAUUUCAGAAUCUGCAGUGCCCCUUAAGAAGCAAAGGAGAAGUCACAUUCCAGAUCCUUCUGAAAGUUUUAGUAACGGGGAAAAACUCGUGAGUUGUGAUGCGACAAAUCAGAUGCUAAGGUCUCCAUUUGCAGUAAUAGGUCAAAAUCUCUACAGUCCUGGGAGCAACGUAUCGAGUCAUCAAAAUGACGAGGACACCAAAGAUUUGCAUGCCAAUGGCUCUAGCAAUAAAACUGAAGGAACAUUUCUUAAGAAGGAUGAUCCGAAGAUACUCGCAUUGAUGCAACAAGCGGAACUACUGAGCUCGCUGGCACUCAAAGUCAAUUCCGAAAACACAGAUCAGAGUCUUGAAAACGCUUGCAAGGUACUUGAAGAUUUUCUCAAUCAUACAAAAGAUGGUGAUGUGACAAAAUGCCAAAUUGCUGAGAUGGAGAUUCAGCUCGAGAAUUUUAAGCAAUCUGCAAAUGAAUUAAAAAACAUUAAUGAAUGCAGUCAACCAUCUUGGAGGCAACCUGCUUUAUCGGAAGAGUCUGCAGGCAGCUCAGAGUAUAGCACUGGAUCAACUUUACUAGCCCACGGGGUUGGUGAUAAUGGAGAAAAGAGCGAAGCCGAGCUAUGUGCACUGCAUCAGGAUAUUGAAUCGGGAUUACAAUCAACCCACAUUGAUGAUGAAUUUGCAAAAGGAAUUUCUGGAAAUAAUGCCUCGGCUUCUCAAGUUAAUACCUUCCCAGCUUGUGACAAAGAUAAUCCCAUUAAUGAGACUAUAUGUGAGUAUUCAAAUGAAGAAUGCUGUUCCCCUCUUCAAGUAACCCCGAUGUUCAGAUCACUCGCAGCAGCUAUUCCCAGCCCGAAAUUUUCAGAAAGUGAGAGACAAUUCCUACUAAAAACGCUUGGAAUGGAAUCUACGUCUCCGAAUCCAACCAUCAAUCCUUCUCAUCCUCCAUCGUGCAAGAGGGCCCUCCUCCAUAGUUUAUGACAAAACUUUUACUGAUCGAUCAAUCUCGUGCAGAUUCUGCUGUGCUCAACCACCAUGACUUUUCGUCCGAAAAUUUCAGGCAUGUGUAGAUGUUUUUUAAAGCCAGUUUUCCGUUGGAUUGCAGUCAUUAUGACCCGAGUUUUUACAAAGAGGCCAUGAAGAUCUAUCUGGUCCCAAAGACCACAAUCUAGAAUGCUAAGGAGCAUCCUAGUAUUUUCCGAAGAUCUGAUAAGAUGGUCUGCAUCCUUUCUCAACUUACCAGCCUAAUACAGUGUCUAGAGUGUUGUUUUGUUUUUUUGUGUUGUGUCACAUUCUUUUGUGUGUUGUAUGGGAGAGUUGGAUAGGGCAUCCAAUAAUGUUCCUAUAAGGCUUUUUACGGUAUUUAUAUGCCAAUUGUACAGAAUAUAUACAAUGUAGUUACAGAUUGGCACAUCGCCAAUAAUUACUCCAUCCCUGAUAUAGAACAUAUCGAAAAGAAGAAGAAGAAUACAUUUUGAUAGAAGAGGAGAGGAGGAUCAACAUCAACCAGUUGAACCGACCCCUCCCUAGCUAGCGUUUUUGCUUCGUGUGCAGAGUUUAGAUAAUAAGUUUUGUGGUGUUCUGUUUCUCUCAUCUUUAUGUAACACUCAUACUUAUUGGAGUGGAAAAUCCAAUAUUGCCUUUUGCGUGUA